CACCACCACCACUCCUUCUUCUUCCUUAAAGCCAAAGAAGAGGUGCACAUCUGCAUGAAUCGAAUAUUAAAAGAUAUCACUUCUUAAUUCCUCACUUUCCCAAAAACUACAAGAUUUACCAUUUAUACCAAAUUCUAAACACAACGUUGCAGUCAUUCAUGACCCACAAACCACGACUCGUCCUGCCGCUUCAUCUCACUCAUCGCACUUUCUUUCCACACAGAAGAAAAAACUUGACAUUCGAAUUUUUGCCAAAGCCAAGCGUAGGCCAUCCCCCAAAAUCGAACAAUGUAGAUUCAGAUUCGUGUCUCUAUGUGACGCAAGAAAGGGAAAGGAAACAAAUGUGCGAACAGAGAGAAAAACCGGUCUGUAAUUUCUGAAAUUUUUCAAGGAACCGUCGUCAUCUCCUCGUCGUCGUCGUGGUCAGUCGUUCGUGAUCAUUCUUUUUGAGAAGAUGUGGUGGUUUCCUGUGAGUCCGCGGCGCUUCUGUCCCAGUGUUGGAGGAGUAACCUUGAUCUUCCUUCUGUUAGCGGUUUGCUUAGCGACGGGAGGGAUUCAUGUUCCGGUUAAAAUUCAGGAUAAGGAUGCCGACGCCACCCUGAAAGGCAUUCAAGCCCCGAUCCCUCUCCCCACCAAUUUCGAGGAGAGGUUAUCCACCGAGAUGAGAAUGACGACGGCGGAAAAAUCGCGAAGAAUGGGGGACCCUGCCCCCAUCUACAGGGACAAAGAUUCCCAUACUCGCGGGGAGGACCAGGCCCGCGCAUUGGGGCGUCAAGCGCGAGGAUUCUUCUCAUUUUGGCCGUUUUCCAUUGAAAUCACGAAAGGAAAGGGGGCCGAUCAUCACCCCGGGGGUGGGGGUGGAUGGGGACCGUCGCAUUACGGAUCGUCACCACUACCACCUUUCAACCAUCCGAACCCGCACCAACUCACGCAUCGCGCCGGGGUCACGCUUCACGCGAGCAGUCAUCCCAUCAAAAAAGCUGCGAGAUUCGAAACUCCCGCGGAACACGAGGCCGACGACGAGCUGGAUCCCGAUAAUGACCCCGAAGUCCAAAAGUUACGGUUGCAAAUUUACAAAAUGAAAGUUCGAGCGAAAAAGUGGAAAAAAAUUUGGAAAUAUAAUUUAGCCGAGGUGAAGUCCAUCCUCGUCUCGAGGCUUAUCGAUUUUGUCGAGUUUAUCUAAAAUUUCGAAAUCGAAAUAAGCUCAGUCAGUCGGAAGAGAAUUACAUAUUUAAUUGCUAUUUAUUUUAUUUAAUUAUUUAUUUAUUUAUUUAUUUAUUUACACAAUUUUCAAAAUUUACGUCUCAACAAAACGCCACCACUCGCGAGACGUGCUUUGUAAAAUUUACAUGUCUUUUAUUACGUCCUGCUUGUCAUGGGCGGCUUAUCAUCACAGGGCGGAUAAGUAUUUUAUGGGUUUACGACAUGGGUUUACGAAAAAAGGAGAAUUUACGCAAAAAUUAAAAAAAAUUAAUCCUCCGAUUUUUCUUGGUCGAAUUUCUUUCAGUAAAGAAAUUAACAUAUUUGCAAAAUUAUCCAUAUUUUUUGAAAAAGUAUGCAAAAGAUUUAGCUAUUUUUUAAAAAUAAUAGCGUAAAUGUUUUUGCAUAUGAAAUAUUUGCACGUGAAUUUUGCGACUUGCUUUAAUGGAAGGGUUGAUUUUCGCAAGAUCAAUAUUGAUGUAUUCAAUAUCGAAACUUCGAAAUUUUUAUGAUAACAAUGUUUAGUUUUUGUUAUUAAGUAUUGAAAAAAUAUACAUUUUUUGCAAAAAAAUGUAAAAGAUUUACCUGUUUUUCAAAUAAUAGGGGAAAUAUUAGCAUGUCUGAAAACCUAGAAAAAUAAAAUAAAACAAUUUUUCCGAUUUCUUCAAGUUUGGUAACACACCCACUAAAAGUUUCAAAUCAAAAUUCAGAAUCAAAUUCAAGAAAUACUUAUCCGUCCUCUGCUUAUCAUGUCCUGUUCUGUCCCUGUCCUUAAAAAAUCUGUCCUUCGAGAUAUUUUCUUAAUAUGCUAAUCAAUCCUUGUCCCCCAGCCAUAAGGGACCCUCGACUGGAUUCCAUUUCAAUAAAGGGAUCACUUUUAAGGCUGGGUCGCACCUGAAGGGUCACCACGAGGGCGGAGGUCACGGCGGAGGUCACCAGCAGCACGGGUGGGGUUGGGAGGCGUCCAUCGAAAAGGAGAAGCAUCAACUCAGAUACGAAAUCCUUAAGCUAAAAGCAAAAAAGAAAAUCGCACUUCUUCAAAAUACUGUCGAACUUAAAAAACUUUUUAGCAUUAUUCUUCAAAAAAUUGUACAAGCUCUCGAGUGGUGGCGUUGAUGGGAUUGUCCCGGGUUUUUAAUUAGCAUCAUUUUACGGCGGGUAUUUAUUUAUGAAAAAAAAUUCGGGGAUUAAUAGUUAAGAAGUAGGGAAAAACUUCAAAAUAUUUAUCAAAUAAUUACGAAAAAAUCUGUAAGAAAUUAUAUUUUAGGUUUUUUGCCAAAUUAUUCUUUUGACCUUAAAGCUCAAUUUGUUGGUAACCAAAUUUCUUUACAAGUCUUAAAUUGUUAAAAUAUUUAUGAAAAUUUGAGGAAUUUUUUAUGAGAAAACGAUAACAAUUUUACGAUUAAGCGUAAAAAUAUUUAUUUUUUAAGCCAUUUUCUUCCAAAUUAUUCUUUAAAAAUCCAAUUUUUUAACAAAUAUUUUUUCGUACAAAAUCCUUCAAAUAUUGACAAAAUAUGGAGCAAAAUUGCCAAAUUUCGCAAAUAAUACCCCGAAAAUUUCCAAGUUUUCCAGUCAUAGCGUCUCAAAUAAAUAAAUAUCCGCCGUAUCAUGACCACAAAGUUCCUUGUUACUAUUAAAUAUUUAACUAUUUAUUUGUCCUCUUAUUAAAUAGUUUUAACUGUUUUUUAUUAUUAAAAAUAUGUAUAUGAAAAUUUAACUUAAAAUGUGUCGGAAAUAAAAGGAUUACAAUUAAAGAAAAAAAAACA